UGCUUUGGUGUCUCUCCUGCAAGGGCUGCCUCGCUGUCCCCUCCUGGGAUCUGGUGAGUCUCCUCUAUCUCUGGGAUCUGGUGGGGGUCCCAGGGCUGCAGCAGGGGAGGGGGCCUGGGGGGGAAGGGCCAGGUCUGCCACGCUCUCCUUCCUGCAGAUCAGAGGAUCCCAAACUCAUUUGGCCUUCCGCCCCCCCCCUUCAGAAAAGAUCUCCCUUCUUUACACAAAGGAGUCCCUGGGACUUUAACUCAGUGUGACAUCGCUCAGCCUCAUUGCACAACAGAGGAAACAUGUGCAAAUGGUUUUCCAAAGCUGGACAAGGAGGUGGACACUAACACCCCCCUCCCAAAAAAAAAGGUGGGAGAGAAAGGCCAGGAAUAAAGAGAGGGAUCCCAGCCCAUAGUCUGGCUGCUGCAUUGCAAUCCAGUUUCCCAGUGUCUCCCAGGGCAGCUCCCCACGGAGGCCACUGCUGCAAUCCCAUCGCACCCAGAGCAUGGCAUCCCAGGACCACAUCCUCUCUCUCCCAAAGGGAUUGUUGCUGGAAAUGGGCGCUGCUACUCAUUGAGCCUCCAGGUACCUGGGCAUCAAUGGCUGUGUGUGUGUGUGUUAAGCUAUCUAAUAGAAUACUAAUAUGAAAUAACCCACCUAAAUUUCAAAGGAGAUGUCUUUGGCUCUGCCCACUUGGCCUUCAGGGGGUUGGCCAGAUACAUACCUGGCCCUCAGAGCAAAGAAAAAGGGACCCCACCCCAGGAGUAUGUCUGGAGAGCGGCAGAGAGACCAAGUGCAAGAAAAGGAGACGGAAGCAGGGGAGUGGGGGUGGGGGGAGAGCAACUCCUGAGGACCCCCGGGUGAGGCUCCCCACUAGAGCAAAACAUCAAUUUUUCACAAGAUACAAAUGACUCCCUUGUCAGUCAGUUCUGACUUCAUGCAUUGACUGGAAGGCAGGAGCAACCAGGCCGAUUCAUCUCCCAGAAAUCCCUUCAGUUGCCUCCACAUUUUGCAUUGCUAGAAGGCUAGAGACAUAUUUCUUCUCCUCUUACUCCUCUUUUUACCAGGAAGGAAUUUUUAAUAGUAAGACUCAGAUGAGUCAGCAACAAGCUGAUCGCUGCGUAAUCUAAAAAAGGGGGAUUUAUGGAACUCUGCUAGAAUAUGGAACUUGCUAGUGCAUGUUAGGAAGGAUAUCAUUAAAUAAUAUAUCCCUCUCUGCCUCCCUAAUUAUCCCCACAGAUUUAAUAUGCUGUAAACCGCUUUUAGAUUUUUCUUUAAAAUAUGAAGUGUUAUAGAAAUUUAAAUAAAUAAAAUAGCUCAUGGUUUGGGCUGUGGUGCAGUCCAGCCCUGGUUCCCUCCAAGACUCAUCCAUGCUUGCUCAGGGAACCUUUUUCUUCUCCUGAUAUUAGACAACUUUUGUAACUGAACAAUGUAUUUGCUUUGUAGGAUUUGUAGCGCCUCUCCUUAAGACGGACGGAACUUGGAAGAAGACCAAAGGAUUCCUUCCGAUCUCUUAGAGGCUUCCUGAGAGCACAGAUGGAUGAGCGAGACUCAACUGGCCCUGAAGCAGGAAGAGGCCAUGACAUCCAAACUGGGAGCACUGGGGGAUUCUGGGAAAACCCAGUGCAGAAGAUCCUGGGUGAGGAGGACACCCUCCGCUCAGAGGUGCAGAGCCAGCAGGUGAGGCAGUUCUGCUGCCAGGAGGCCAAAGGACCCCGAGAGGUUUGUAGCCAACUCUACUACCUUGACCAUCAGUGGCUGAAGCCAGAAAGGCACACGAAAGCUGAGAUGCUGGACCUGGUGAUCUUGGAGCAGUUCCUGGCUGUCAUUCCACCGGAGAUGGAGAACUGGGUGAGGGACUGUGGAGCAGAGACCAGUUCCCAGGCGGUGGCCCUGGCCGAAGGUUUCCUCCUGAGUCAGGCAGAGGAGAGAAAGCAGGUGAGCGAGACUUUCCUCUGGAUACUCCCAAGGGGCUCCAAACAGGACGGUGAACAUCCCAUAAUGCUCUAUUGUUGGCCCAUCCGUUUUCUGGGAAGGCAUCCAUGGAGUGAGAUCUCACACCCUUCAAGUCUUUGUCAUUCUCUUUCUUAUAUGUUUCCCCAUUCUCUGUUUUGAAUCCUUGUUUCUUUUUCAGGAAAACGAUCAUUUUGCAGAAAUGGACCUGGAUUCCUGUGAGGCAGAGAGGCCUCCGUUGGACACCAGAGAGAGGCCACUGAGUAAGGAGGAAGGUGGUUUUUCUCUAUUUGGUUUCAUUCUGUUGGUUUUCCAACUCAUCUGAGUUGGUUUUCUUUUCAUCUUGUUUUGGGGGGAGACAGUUGGGAGGAAGGGUCCAGAGGAGAGGAGAUGUAUUUUUGCACAAACAAACAUAUGAAAUGGGCACAAACGUCCAAAUGCUCUCAGUUGGUAAGGCUUUCUCAAAGGCCCAUCUGUAGUUAGAGAUCCCCUGUUUCACCUGUGAGAGAAGCAGGCACUUCUGGCAACCUGAUUACCUUUUCUCUCUUGCAGGUGACAUAAUGAUGCCGGCAAGACCUCCCUAUCCACCUUUUCAUGGGGGCAGAAGGGAAGCAGCGGCUGUGGAACCAGAUCAGGUCAGGGGAAGCUAUCUUGUGGGGACAGAGGCCGAGGGAUGGAGCAACGUCAUGGACUGGUUGGAUACAGAGGAAUGGUGGGAGGAAGCAGCCAGGGAACCAGGAAGGGAAGAUGGCUCAGAGCCCAAGGAGUGGAGGUGGAACAAGGAUGAGCAGUGAAAGGGAGAAGAGGGAGAAGCCUGGGAAGAGGAGGUGUCAGAAUCUGAAGGGGUAACAGGGCUUAGUGAGCUGGGAGACUCUGUGGCAGAAUGCAGUCCAGAAUCAGAGCAAGAAGAGGAAGGAGGUGAGUGGGCAGAGGGAGGGUGAGAGACAGAGUUGAGUCAGGAGAAGGCGGAGCCACCGGUGGCUCCCUCUCCUUCUGCCAGAAGCCACCCUCCCUGCUUGUCUCUCAGAGCCAGGAGACCCCCACACUGCAGGAAUCUCUGCUAGAUCAUACAAGACAGAUGACCAUCCAAAAGAGGCUUGUCAUAUUUUUCGCUCUAUAAGACGCACCCAACCAUAAGACCCACCUAGUUUUUAGAGGAGGAAAACAAGGAAAAAAUAUUCUGAAUCAAAUGUAGUUGAAGAAGGAGGAGGAGAGAGGAUCGGGCCAAGGCAUCACAACAAGAGGCACUGCACAGCUCUCCCUCUUGCUGUGCUGGCUUCAGUGAAAGCAAGGCAAAGCUGAAGAGGCUUUGCGCAGCUAUUCCUGAAGCCAGCAGCAAUCCCUCUUUCUGUGCAAUCUCUUUUGCCUGCUGCUGUUCCCAAACCUUACCGGGGCUGCAGGGGGAAGCGGAGGCUGUUGGCAGAGCAGCGUGGCUCCCCCACCACCAGCAAAGAGCAGCUCAGGAGCAUGCUGCACUCCGGCAAUUUGGCUCCAGGGACCACACAUUCACUCCAUAAGACACACAGACAUUUCCCCUUACAUUUUAAGAGGGGGGAAAGUGUGUCUUAUGGAGCGAAAAAUACGGUAUUUUAUUUCUAGAUUGAUCACUGAAUGCUAAAAUUGGUUUCUAAGAAGUCGACAAAUGAGAACAAAUAGUGACCUAACCAGCGCCAUCCACUGGAAAAUGGAGUCUGCCCCCCAUUCCUCCCCUCCCCCUCUCCAUGCCGCCCUGAACCCCUUGAAUUUGGCUCUAGGGCAUUGGGAGGGAACCUUCCCAGAACAGCUCACGAGGAGAGGAGAAAGUGGAUCCUUCCAUUUGGGGAAACUGGAAUGCUUGCGUAGGCAGAAUGACUUGGAAAAUGCAAGGUGGAGUACCACCUAUUUGCACAAAGAUGAACAACCAUAGUUAAAAUGCAGAAUAAAAGAAGCACCCAUAAUUAAAAUGUGCAGCAAAGCAAUCCUAUUGAAACAACACCACAAUUAACAGGAAGGAAACAACAGAGCAUUGUGCAGCAGAUCAUAUUUCUGCUGUCUCAGAGGAGGACAUUUCCCUUUUUCUUUUAGGGUCCAGUGUGCUUUGAAGAUGUCACUGUUCGUUUCACAGGCGAGGAGUGGGCGUUGCUGGAUCCUGACCAGAGAGCUCUGCAUAAGGACGUCAUGGAGGAGAAUCGUGGGAUCGUGGCCUCUCUUGGUAAGGCUCCCUGUGGGAUUGUCCUGUCUGCCUGGAAAUUCAAAACAUACCUCUACGUGACAAACCUCAUAUAUUUUCACAGAGCUCAACUGUGGUCCCUAUGACACCUGGGAACCUAACACCCCCACAAUAAACUGUAACUUACAGUUUUUUCUUUGAACAAUCUUCCUCAAAUUAUUCCUUUUUCUACCGCGAUUGGACUGGUCUGAACUGCUCAAGCCAUCUUAAAUAUCAGCUUCAGAAUUGUUAGGAAAGAUAAGUAGCUUCAGGUUUUUGUUUUUGCUCCUGUCAGUCUUGGGUUGACCAAAGAGACGACUGGCAGCAAAGCUCACGUGCUGCCAGCCAGAGAAGAAGCAGGCCUAGGGAGAGGAGAGUUAGCAGCGGAAGGCAGAGAGGAGGGGGAGAGGAACUGUCAUCUGAGCUCUGAACAAGGGGGAGAAGAAAAAGAGAGACAGAGUGACAGACAGCUGUGUGAGAGCUACAGGAGUGAGUCAGACGUUGGAAUGCAGGAAGCAUUCUCUGCCAAAUCUCGUAGGAUCUGAAAAGUGGCGGAGACAGGCGAAAGAUACUGGAAGAGAAGGUGGGGAAGGGGGAGGAGCUCAGUCCGGGCAAUGCCAUCUUGUGGGGAGGACGAUGAGUAGAGGAGCUCUGUGCAAGUUCGUUGUUUUAGCAAUAAAUCUGAAAUAAUUAGCAGCCAGUGUCAUCUCACGUUUGUGGGAAAGACCAAGCCAUAACAACGACUGACAUUGGAGAUGGAGGGGAUGCCAUGACUGGGCCAAAUAGAAUUCAUCCCAGAGAAGAGCAAGGCUUAUGGAAUCUCAGGUAGUACUAGCAGUGAUGAGGAUGAUGAUGAUGAUGAUGAUAGUAAUACAGUGGUACCUCAGUUUACAAACUUAAUCUUUUCCAGAACAGUACUGUUCUUAAAUCGAGGUACCACUGUAGUAAUAAUAAUAAUUUUUAUUUAUUUUAUUUUUUUGAAAAUGAUAUUUAUUAAAGUUUCAAAAAACACAGAAUACAGAAAGAAAAAGAAUAAAGUUUUUUAAAAUAUAACCAAAAAAGUAAAAAAUAAAAAGAAACAUACCAAAUAAAACAGUUAAAAAGACAUUAAUUUUCCAUAACCUAUCUUCCCUAUACUUAUUUCCCCGGACCUCCUCAUACCUCCCUUUUUUGUAUUCCAGUUCAAUUUGUUAGUUCAGCAAAUCCUUACCAUUAAAAUUACCCAGUUGUAAACCUUUUUUCAUAUCUCUUAAAGCAUUACAGCUAAAAACCUCUUAGUUUCUAUCCAACAUCCUUCUAAGAUUCCUUAAUUUUACAAUAUUUCUGUAAAUAGUCUUUAAAUUUCUUCCAGUUUUCUUUCACCGACUCUUCUCUCUGGUCUUGGAUUCUGAAUAAUAAUUUUUAUUUAUACCCUGCCCAUCUGGCUUGGUUGCCCCAGCCACUCUGGGCACAACACAUAUAUAAACAUGAAACAUAAAUAAUAAUAAUCUGAUCCAAAUAAUAAUAAUCUGAUCCCAUAUAAAAAGAACAUUAACUUUAAAAUGGACAACUUAUACUAGUGGCCAAAAUUGUGGAAACCUUUUAUGAAAACUGUAUUUCCGAGGUUUGGUGGCUGAUAACACCACUUUUGUGUGGAGUAAUACCAUAAAAUUAUAUCCCAAUGGAAAGAUAAUUUAAUGAAGAAUGUAAUGCAAGAAAUUUUAUGAGGGAGUAUUUAUUAGAACAGCAGUCAUAAAGAAAAAAUUUGAAACCAUUGGUAACCUUUAGCGUUAAUUACGGCCUUACAACACCUUCCCAUGAAGUGAACCAAGUUUUUAGUUCUGCAGCUGUAAUGUGGUACCUCUGGUUACGUACUUAAUUCGUUCCGGAGGUCCGUUCUUAAGCUGAAACUGCUCUUAUCAUGAAGCACCACUUUAGCUAAUGGGGCCUGCUGCUGCUGCCAUGCCGCCAGAGCACGAUUUCUGUUCUCAUCCUGAAGCAAAGUUCUUAACCCGAGGUAAUAUUUCUGGGUUAGCGGAGUCUGUAACCUGAAGCGUCUGUAACUGUAAUGUGAAACCAAGACUGAAUUAUUGCCUCUAUUAAUUGUGCUUUAUUGCUGGGUUGCUUCUGACUAACAAGUUUCUUUAGUCGGCUCCAUAGAUUUCUGAUUGGAUUAAUGUUUGGGCUACUCCCAGGACAUUCCGGCAGUGGAAUAGGAUUAGCACCUUUUGCACACAGCAGCAACAUGACAUGGAGCUGAAUCCUGUUGAAAUAGAAAAUAAAUAAAUAAAGAUAUAAAGAUAUCUAAAUGCUUCAGUAUCUGGGAAAAGAUCACUUGUGGAACGCUUCAGUUUGGGCUAAAGUAUUUCAUUUAUGCAUUUUGUUUUGUUUGUUUUUUAUUAAUUUUUUAUUAAAGUUUUAAACAACAAAAAAGAAGAAAAACAACACACACAAAAAACAAUACAAAACUUAACGAUAAAAACACAAAACAUAACAAUUAAAAACAAACUCUCUUUUCAAUUUCCAAUUUUAAAUUACUUAUUUUCUGGACUUCCUCAUACCUCCCUCUUUCGUAUUCCAAUCCACAUUAUUUGUCCUGCAGUUUCUUUUCCACUUUUUUAAUCCCAAUCUUUAAUUUAAUAAAAUGUUAAAAUAUAUAACUUCAACAUUUUUUUUUAAAACCUAAUCCUUAAUCUUAAUAUCAUAUAGUUUUAAAGUUUUCCCUUUUAAUAUCAAAUUUCCAUUUCUUUAAACAUCUUUAAUCUUGAUCUUUAAUCUUAGUCUAUCAUUAACUUUAACCUGUGCAGCUGGAAAUCACUUGCUUUCAGUCCAACAUCGCUCUAACAUUCCUUAAUUUUGCAGUGUUUCUGAAGAUAGUCUUUGAAUUUCUUCCAGUCUUCCUCCAUCGACUCUUCUCCCUGGUCACGGAUUCUACCAGUCAUUUCCGCCAAUUCCAUAUAGUCCAUAAGUUUCAUCUGCCAUUCCUCCAGCGUGGGAAGUUCUUGUGUCUUCCAAUACUUUGCGAUGAGUAUUCUUGCUGCUGUUGUUGCAUACAUAAAGAAAGUUCUAUCCUUUUUAACACCAUUUGGUCGACUAUGCCCAGGAGAAAGGCCUCUGGUUUCUUAGGGAAGGUAUACUUAAAUACCUUUUUAAUUCAUUAUAUAUCAUUUCCCAGAAAGCCUUAAUCUUUGGGCACGUCCACCAAAGGUGAAAAAUGUACCUUCAGUUUCUUUACAUUUCCAACAUUUGUUAUCGGGCAAGUGAUAGAUUUUCGCAAGCUUGACUGGGGUUAUGUACCACCUGUAUAUCAUUUUCAUAAUAUUCUCUCUUAAGGCAUUACAUGCCGUAAAUUUCAUACCUGUGGUCCAUAACUGUUCCCAGUCAGCAAACAUAAUGUUAUGUCCAACGUCCUGUGCCCAUUUAAUCAUAGCCGAUUUUACCGUUUCAUCUUGAGUAUUCCAUUUCAGCAGCAAGUUAUACAUUCUUGACACAUUCUUAGUCUUGGGUUCUAACAAUUCUGUUUCUAAUUUGGAUCUUUCCACCUGGAAGCCAAUUUUCCUGUCCAAUUUAAAUACCUCCAUUAUCUGAUAAUAAUGAAGCCAGUCUCGCACUUUGUUUUUUAGUUUUUCAAAACUCUGCAAUUUCAGUCUAUCUCCGUCUUGUUCCAAAAUCUCCCAAUAUUUCGGCCAUUUGACCUCCAUAUUGACCUUUUUCAAGGCUUUCGCUUCCAUUGGUGACAGCCAUCUUGGGGUUUUGUUUUCUAACAAAUCCUUAUAUCUUAUCCAAACAUUAAACAGCGCUUUCCUGACAAUGUGGUUUUUAAAUGCUUUAUGUGCUUUGACCUUAUCAUACCAUAGAUAUGCAUGCCAUCCAAAUACAUUAUUAAAACCUUCUAGGUCCAAAAUGUCAGUGUUUUCAAGAAGUAGCCAUUCUUUCAACCAGCAAAAAGCUGCUGAUUCAUAGUAAAGUUUAAGAUCUGGCAGGGCAAAUCCACCUCUUUCCUUUGCAUCCGUUAAUAUUUUAAAUUUUAUUCUGGGUUUCUUGCCCUGCCAGACAAAUUUAGAAAUAUCUUUCUGCCACCUCUUGAAACAAUCCAUUUUGUCCACGAUCUGCAAAGUUUGAAACAAAAACAACAUUCUAGGCAAUACAUUCAUUUUUAUCGUAGCAAUACGGCCUAGCAGUGAAAGCUUCAAAUUUGACCAGGUUUCUAAAUCUUUUUUCACUUCUGACCAACAUUUUUCAUAGUUAUCUUUAAAUAAAUUCCCAUUUUUUGCUGUCAUGUUAAUCCCCAGGUAUUUAACUUUCUUAACCACUGUUAAACCUGUCUCAUUCUGAAACCUCUCUCUUUCAAACGGUGUUAAAUUUUUCUCUAGAACCUUAGUUUUUAACUUGUUCAAUUUAAAUCCUGCCACUUGAGCAAAUUCUUGAAUCAGUUCUAAAACCCUUUUAGUACUAGACUCUGGCUCCUGUAACGUCAAUACUAAGUCAUCUGCAAAUGCUCUCAAUUUAUAGUGUUUAGUUCCGACCUGUAUACCUUUAACCAUCUGGUCCCUUCUAAUCAUAUUCAGCAAAACUUCCAGGACCGAAAUAAAAAGAAGUGGGGAAAUUGGGCAACCUUGUCGUGUCCCUUUUUCAAUUUUAAGUUCUUCCGUCACAACAUUAUUUACAAUUAGUUUAGCCUUUUGUUCUGAAUAAAUUGCACUUAUACCAUUCUCAAAACCUUGGCCUACCCCCAUACCCUGUAGAUUCUUCUUCAUAAAAUUCCAAGAAAUAUUGUCAAAGGCUUUCUCCGCGUCUACAAAUAUCAACACUGCUUUAGUGUUUAUAUUCACUUCUAAUUUUUCCAAGAUAUCAAUUAUAUUCCUCAAAUUGUCAGACAAGUGUCUUCCUGGGAGAAAGCCCGCUUGGUCUUUGUGAAUCUCUUCCAUCAACACUUUUUAAAAUCUCUUCGCCAAAAUAUCUGCAAAAAUUUUAUAAUCCACAUUAAGUAAUGAUAUAGGGCGGUAGUUCUUAAGUUGUGUCUUUUCAGUCUCUGUUUUUGGUACAAGUGUAAUAUAUGCUUCUUUCCACGACUCUGGUGCCCUCUUCCCCUCCAUUAUUUCAUUGCAGACCUCUUUCAAAGGUUGAAUUAACCAUUCUUUUAAAGAUCUGUAGUAUCUAGAGGUCAAGCCAUCUGGUCCUGGAGAUUUACCCAGUUGCAUAUUUUGAAUGGCACCUUCUAUUUUCUGUUCAGUUAUUCUGUCAUUCAAAAUUAGUCUAUUUUCUUGAGAUAUUUUUUGUAGUCCAUUUGUUUUCAAAAAUUGGUCUAAAUCUGUUUCUUUCACUGGCCCUUGAGUAUAUAGUCUUUUAAAAUACUUCUGGAAACAACUUCUAAUCUCCGCAGGGUUCUGUAUAUUCCUUCCUUCCACUUCUAGAUUCGUAAUCGUAUUUAAUUUUUGUCUCUUUUUCAUUUGCCAUGCCAACAAUUUGCCACAUUUAUUGGCCGAUUCAAAAGUCUUUUAUGCAUUUUGGGGCAUUUACAUUCCCAUUAAUGAUGAAAAUUCUGCCCACACCUUUUGCUGCUAUACAACCCCAGAUCAUCACACUACAGUGGAAGCUCUACUUACAACCAUAAUCCAUUCUGGAGGUCCGGUCAUAACUAGAAACGUACAUAAGUAGAGGAUCCCUUUUCCAUAGAAAGUAAUGGAAAAGUGAAUUGAUCCAUUCUAGACAAUGAAAAACACCCCCAAAACAGCAAUUUAACAUGGAUUUUACUCUCUAACAAGACUAUAGAUCGAUAAAAUGAAGGCAAUAAUCAAUGUACUGUACUAUAAAGUAAAUAAGACAGUAUUGUAGAUGAAAAACAUUAACGUUUUUCUUCUUACGUGCACUGUGGAUAGGUGGGCUUACCUGGCUACAAGCUAGGGGCGGGGCAAGGGUCAGUAAAGAGCUAAUUCACUUCGGCCAGGGUCAUGCUUUUUUCUUGCCAGGCCAGGUUCUUCUCUAGACUUCCUCAGGUUGGUUCUUCGGUGGGGUUUGGGGCUGCAGUGCUCCCUCCUGUGUCUCUUGCAGGCAGGCGACACCUUUUCCACAGCUUCGGGGGUAGGAUGGGGGCCCUCUCCCCGGCAUCAGAGGCCUCAGCGCUGCCCCACAGCCAGCCGGGCGAGCUCCCGGCUGCUGGCAAGACCGCCGUAUAUAGAGGAAAGUUCAUAAGUUGAAGCGCCUACUGAAGUUCAUAACUGGAAUCGCACAUAAGUACAGCCAUGCGUAAGUCGAGGUUCCACUGUAUCUGGGUGUUUCACGGUUGGUGUAAUGCAAGUAGGAUAUAAAUCUUCUCUGAUUCUUCUCCUCGCGUAUGUCAUACCAUCACUACCAAGCAAGGAGAUUUGGGUCUCAUCACUCCAAAUAACACUGUUCCAUUGUUCCGCUGUCCAGUUAACAUGGGUUUAAUCUUUUCAACCUUUGCUUGAGAGAUACUAAUGUCUUUUUCCUUAGAAUUCUAGCAUUUAGACCAGUCCUUGCACUCAACUUCACAUUACAUUGUGCCAUGUCAUCUUGUAUACACCCAGAUGAUUUUCUUCUGUCAUGUAGGCACAGUCUCUCCAUUCUUCGAUCGUCACUUGCCUUUGUGCACCUUUCCCUGCCUUUACCAGUCUGAUUUUGUAGUGACUGAGUCUCCUUAUACCUCUUCAAAAAUAUAGAAAUGCCUGCUUUGGUUAAGUUUUUCCUAAUCUUUCAUCAAUUUCUUCAUAACUGUAGCCUUGUUCACUUAACAGUACAAUUUUACAUCACUUUCUGGGUGACCAGUCAACUCUUUGUGCCAUUUCUAUAAUUUUAUUAUGUUUUACAAGAACAAAAAAAAACCCCCAACCAACUUGAUAGCAAUCACACAAGACACUGACAAAGUCAACCUAAGCAAGUUGUGCUUCCUUUUUCUGGUUAUUUGGCUAUAGCUUUAGAUAGAAUAUGGGUAAUUGAACAAACUUUGUUGAAUUGCAUUCUUGAUUAAAUUAUCUUUACGUUGCUAUAUAAUUGUAUGAUAUUACUCCAAAAGAAGUGGUGUUAUGAGCAAUCAAACCUCUGAAAUACAUUUUUUACAAAAAUCUUCCACAAUUUUGACCACUACUGUAUAUCAAACAAAGCAACAUUCAGCAACUGAACAGAAUCUCAUAAUAAAUAUGUUUGUUGAUGACAAACAAAACAUGUAAUGAACACACACCCAACUCCUUUCCGUUCUUCCCCAUUUGUUCCUGAGGCUCUAAUCCCUUUUGUCUCCAUUGCAGAUUGUGAUGAAUCAGAAAUCGAGAAUGAAGGUGACCACAACAAUAUUCCCAGAGAGGAGAGGCCAUGUAAAAAUUUGGAGUGUGGAGAAAGCUGCAGUCAGAGUUCCCAUUCCACUUCCCAUCAACAAAAUAUCCUUGGAAAGAAACUCUAUCAGUGCAUGGAAUGUGGAAAAAGCUUCAGUCAGAGCUUCUCUCUCACUUCUCAUCAAAGAAUUCAUACAGGGGAGAAACCCUAUCAGUGUGCGGAAUGUGGAAAGAGAUUCAGGCAGAGCAGCUCUCUCACAUCCCAUCAAAGAAUUCAUACUGGGGAGAAACCCUAUCAGUGUGUGGAAUGUGGAAAGAGCUUCAGUCACAGCCACAAUCUCACUUCCCAUCAAAGAAUUCAUACAGGGGAGAAACCCUAUCAGUGUGUGGAAUGUGAAAAGAGCUUCAGUAACAGCUCCUCUCUCACUUCCCAUCAGAGAAUUCAUACAGGGGAGAAACCCUAUCAGUGUGUGGAAUGUGGAAAGAGCUUCAGUCACAGCAGCAGUCUCACUCGCCAUCAGAGAAUUCAUACAGGGGAGAAACCCUAUCAGUGUGUGGAAUGUGGAAAGAGCUUCACUCACAGCCACAGUCUCACUUUCCAUCAAAGAAUUCAUACAGGGGAGAAACCCUAUCAGUGUCUGGAAUGUGGAAAGAGCUUCAGUCACAGCCGCAGUCUCACAUCCCAUCAAAGAAUUCAUACUGGGGAGAAACCCUAUCAGUGCGUGGAAUGUGGAAAGAGCUUCAGGAUUAGCUCUGAUCUCACUUCCCAUCAAAGAAUUCAUACAGGGGAGAAACCCUAUCAGUGUGUGGAAUGUGGAAAGAGAUUCAGGCAGAGCAGCUCUCUCACAUCCCAUCAAAGAAUUCAUACUGGGGAGAAACCCUAUCAGUGUGUGGAAUGUGGAAGGAGCUUCAGUAACAGCCACCAUCUCACUUCCCAUCAAAGAAUUCAUACAGGGGAGAAACCCUAUCAGUGUGUGGAAUGUGGAAAGAGCUACAGGAGGAACUCCGAUCUCACUUCCCAUCAAAGAAUUCAUACAGGGGAGAAACCCUAUCAGUGUGUGGAAUGUGGAAAGAGCUUCUGUCAGGGCUCCCAUCUUUCUUCCCAUCAAAUAAUUCAUACAGGGGAGAAACCCUAUCAGUGUGCGGAAUGUGGAAAGAGCUUCAUUUAUAGCUCCUCUUUCACUUCCCAUCGAAGAAUUCAUACAGGGGAGAAACCCUAUCAGUGUGCGGAAUGUGGAAAGAGCUUCAGGAAGAGCUCCUCUCUCACUUCCCAUCAGAGAAUUCAUACAGGGGAGAAACGCUUAUCAGUGUGUGGAAUGUGGAAAGAGCUUUAGUCACAGCCACAGUCUCACUUACCAUCAAAGAAUUCAUUCAAACGUCAGAAAGACCCUUCAUUAUACAGCUUUCGGAGCCAGGCAAAUAAACAGCUUUUCAACCAGGCUUUUGGAUCCAUUCCAGUCUGGCUUCCGCGCUGGUCAUGGGACCGAGACGGCUCUGGUCGCCCUAACAGAUGAUCUCCGCAGGCAGCUGGAU